CUUCUUUGAUUCAAGAGAUACACAACACACCGACAGACUCACUCUCUUCUCUCUCUUUCUUCUUCCCCCCUCCGAAACCCUAACGAUAGACGGCGACGACCGACGAUCUCUAAAGUCGAUCGGCGAUCUUCUUUCCGACCGACGAUCUGAGUUGUUUUUUAUUUUUUUAUUUUUACGCCCUUUUCUUCGACUGAAACCUUAACCCUAACCCAUUCUUCGACUGAGAGAGGAUCGGCGAUCGUUGUGGUGGUGUUCUAAUGCUGCCAUUGAUGUAAUCUUGAACUGGGUUUGGGUUUUCCUCUCUCUCUGUCUAUCAGCUUCAACUUCAUACGAAAGUUACUGUUUGAUUUGAGGAAUAUGAGGUGAUCAUGUCUUCGUCAUAUGUCCCAGCAACCACUGAAUCACUCGAUCAGGCUCAAGAAGCCAAAAAUCCAACAGAGGCAAUCUCAAUCCUUUACCGCAUACUUGAGAACCCUUCAUCUUCUUCUGAAGCACUCCGGAUAAAAGAAAAGGCCAUCUCGAAUCUCUCAGAUCUUCGUAGAGAACAAAACAGGGCAGAGGAACUCAGAAGCCUUCUGACCCAACUAAGGCCUUUCUUUUCGUUGAUCCCCAAGGCGAAAACUGCAAAAAUCGUUCGCGGGAUAAUCGAUGCAGUAGUUAAAAUACCAGGCACGUCAGAUCUCCAGAUCUCUCUUUGCAAAGAAAUGGUCCAAUGGACCCGAGCCGAGAAGCGAACAUUCCUUCGUCAAAGAGUUGAGGCGAGGCUUGCAGCUCUUUUGAUGGAAAGCAAGGAAUAUUCGGAGGCAUUAGCCCUUCUUUCUGUGCUAAUCAAGGAAGUCAGAAGAUUGGAUGACAAAUUACUCCUUGUGGACAUAGAAUUAUUGGAGAGUAAGCUCCACUUCUCUCUGAGAAACCUUCCUAAAGCCAAGGCUGCACUCACUGCAGCGAGAACAGCAGCGAAUGCUAUUUACGUGCCUCCAGAUCAGCAGGGUACGAUUGAUUUGCAGAGCGGGAUUCUUCACGCAGAAGAGAAGGAUUAUAAAACCGCUUACAGCUAUAUCUAUGAGGCAUUCGAAGCUUUCAAUGCUCUUGAAGAUCCUCGAGCAAUAUAUAGUCUUAAGUACAUGCUGCUGUGCAAAAUCAUGGUGAACCAGGCCGAUGACGUGGCAGGAAUAUUAUCAUCUGCCAAGGUGGGAUUGCAAUAUCAGGGGCCGGAAGUUGAUGCGAUGAAAGCUGUUGCACACGCUCAUGCGCAACGCUCUCUGAAGCUCUUUGAGACUGCCCUUCGGGAUUUCAAGGCACAACUCGAGGAGGACCCAAUUGUUCACCGCCACUUGUCUUCGUUGUAUGAUACUUUGCUGGAGCAGAACCUUUGUAGGUUGAUCGAGCCGUUCUCGAGGGUUGAGAUUGCUCAUAUUGCUGAACUGAUUGAACUCCCUGUAGAACACGUGGAGAAAAAAUUGUCUCAGAUGAUCCUUGAUAAGAAGUUUGCGGGGACGUUGGAUCAAGGUGCCGGAUGUCUCAUAAUCUUUGAAGAUCCAAAGCCGGAUGCGAUCUAUCCGGCGACACUGGAGACCAUCUCGAAUAUUGGGAAGGUUGUGGAUAGCCUCUACGUGCGAUCUGCAAAAAUUAUGGCAUAAGGUUCAAGCUGUUUGGCCGAGUAACAUUUUCUAGUUGCCAUUUCUGGUUUAAAUUUUCUAGUUGCCAUUUCUGGUUUAAGACUUAAAAAACCUUAAGACUUGCUUUUGCUUUUACCAUUAUUUCUUUGAAACUGGGUUCGAUUUACUUUGUUUUAAGAGAUUAUAGCUUAUUUGUGUGCUUUUGCUUUGAUGGUCUUCUUGGAAUUACUGGGAUCAUUUUGUUGGGAAUUCUGAUUCUUGUUACUCAAUUGCUGCUCUAUCAGGCGGAAUAUCAUUGUUGCCAACCAUUGCCACAAUACUUGUAUUAGACUCUGUUUUGCAGGGUUGCAGUGCUUUAAGUUUAGAAUGGUAGUAGUACCAUCCCAGCUUGGUUUGGUUUAUAGUUC